UCAACAUCAUCCCCUCAUAAUUUAUUUGCGACGCGCAUUCGCGCCGGCCUUACCUCAACCCUUUUCGCGCAGCCACAAUGAGCGCAGAGGUCGCGUCACCCAGUGCUGCCGACAUUACAUCCUCCGCGCCGUCGCGGCGCAAAUCCGGACGCGUGCCCACCCAGCGUCAGCUAUACUCCCCUACCGGAAGUGCGAAGAGGAAGCGUGGUGAUGGAAACGAUAGCGAUGUUGACAGUAACACGCCUUCGUCCGAAGAAGAGGACUCAGAGAGCAUCUCAGACGAAGAAGAACUGAAAGAGCGCCGGAAACAGAGCAGAAAGAAGAAGAGCGCGACAUCCGCAAGGAAGCCUCCACAGAAGAAACCCAAAACCAAUGGCGAAAUUACGGGUCUUGCAAUUCGCCCCGCGACGGGCGCGAAGAAGAAGGCAGCGCGACCACGGAAGGCGGCCCUUCGCAAGAGCGCGCUAGUCGAGCAGGAUGCUGACGGCCUAUAUGCUGAGAUAUUUGCGCGCGGAACGCGCCUGAACGACGUCGCGGCGCAAUGGAUCAGCCGAUUUCACGAACACGAGGCAAAGGCUGUGGCGGAAAUCGUCAAUCUUGUCAUUCGGGCAGCAGGAUGCCACGUUCAAAUCGAUGAGGAGGAUAUCGCCGACCCAGACAACUGCCCACAUAGGCUGGGUGAUCUUCAAGAUGAAUACAACGCGGAACAAGUAACCGACUACCCACUCAUAUCAAAGGCCAGAGGCGCUGCUGCUUUCCGAAACGCGCUACACGGCUUCUUUGUCGCCUUGACUCAAACAAUCGCACAGACUGGCCUCAUGUACGAGGAGAACCAACUCAUGGAGAAUAUACAGGUGUGGAUCUGCACCAUGACUUCCGCCACCAACCGCCCUUUUCGUCAUACCAGCACAGUGGCGGCGCUAGGCGUUACCUCAGGAUUAACUCGAAUCGCAAGCGACAUCGCAGAGAGCACAGCAAAGAUGAUGCGACAGAAGGAAACCGAAUCGAAAAAGGCGCGGGCAAACAAGUCGCGCUUGGCCACAAUUGACCAAGAAGUGGAGGAGCUUAAUCAAAAGCUCGAGCAUGUGAAGGCCCUCAUUACGGAUUGGUUCGAUACGGUCUACGUCCACCGAUACCGCGAUGUGGACCCUAAGAUCCGGGUUGAGUGUUGCGAGGCGCUGGCAGAUUGGAUCAUGACAUAUCCUGACAAAUUCUUCGACGGACAACAUCUGCGAUAUCUAGGCUGGAUACUUUCGGAUACUAACGAGGGCACUCGCGCCGAGGUUCUCAAGCAGCUUGCAAACCUGUACCAUGACAAGGACAAGCUUGCUGGUUUGAAGACUUUCACUGAACGCUUUAGGGCUCGUAUAGUCGAAAUAGCAACUCGCGACGCGCACACCAACAUCCGGGCUAGCGCAGUUGAGCUGCUUGACAUACUACGUGAAGCCGGAUUUUUGGAGCCUGACGAUAUCGAUACUGUAGGCAAGCUCAUCUUUGACUCGGAACCGAAAGUCCGGAAGGCUGUUGUUGGCUUCUUUGCCGAGAAUGUGAACGCAGCCUACGAAGUUCAAAUAGAUGAUAUGGGUGGACAGGAAGCGCUUGACGAGGCGCUUGCCGAGCCAGAUGACGACGAAUACAAAAACCCCAGGCUCGAAUGGCUAAAGAUGAAGUGUCUUGUCGAGCAACUACUUUCUUACGAUGAAGAUACUGGGCUUCCUUCGCAGAUCGAGCGCGUCACCCCUUAUGGUGCGGAGCUGGGUCUGGUCGCUGCGGGAAUAGAGUCGCGUUUCUCUCUCGCUGCUCAGGCGCUGUAUGAUGCAAUCCCCGAGGUCCGGUCUUGGGAAGUGUUGGCAGGCUAUCUCCUUUACGAUCACUCGCAGACCUCUACUGAUGUUGCGGGCGACGAUGCCGAGUCUCUGCUGCGACGGAAUUGUAAGCUGGAAGAGCAUGAGGAAACCGCGCUGCUCGAUAUUUUAAAUGCAUCUGUCCGGAUACGACUACAACGACUAGCCGAGACACAAAAAGACAAAAAGAGGACAAAGGCGCAGCGCAAUCAAGACCAGAUCGAGCAAGAAGACACGGCGAAAAGGCUGACGACUCUCAUACCGGAACUGCUCAAGAAAUUUGGUGCGCUGCCAGAAGCUGCUUCAUUGUGCCUGCGUCUCGAGCGCGAGCUCAAUUUGGAUGUUUUCCAGGAAUUACGGCAGAACACUGCUCUGACAGCGCUACUGGACGAUAUCAACAAACAGUUCCUCACCCACAAUAGCGAACGCGUUCUCGGUGAAGCAAUUACCUCGAUUCUUCACGCUUUAGGCAAUGACGAGCUCCGGGAGCUUGUCGAUAGCAAGACCCAAUCUCUAUGGGAUGACCUCUCCGGAACAUUCGACGCAUUGCGACGAGGGCGAGAUCUCUCCGCUCGUGGGAGUGUGGAACAGAACAUUCUUGCCGGCAUCUCCAACAUCGUGUUGAAAAUGUCGGAGCUUGCAAAAGCGUCAGAGCCCGGAGUCUUGGACCAAGUACCGGCACCGACAAAGGCAAGGACGAAGAAUAAGAAAGUUGCUCAACUAGACACCCCACCAAUUUCGGCCCUACUGGAGAUUCUCGAGCGAGGUGUACCUGUGGAUGGCGUGGACGCCGAAGUUGAUGAAGCCGAGAAUGCUCUGGUUCGCCACACCAUGUUGUUGAUGCUUCCAUAUUUCCUCUGGAAGUGCAGGAAUUUUUCGACACGCAUUGAGGCAGGCACACGGAUACCUGACGAUGAGCUUACGAUGGUAGCAGAGCGACGAGAUGUCUGCAUUACUGCACUUAUGCGGAUAAUCGAAAGUAGGAAGGGUGCAGACGAGCUUAGAGUCGAAGCAGCUGACCUCUUGCUUGAUUUGUACAAUCUGUUCCGAGCACUGAAGGCUAUACAAGCGAAAGCCAGCAAGAGUGCAAAGAAACCAAAUGGUCGCGCGUCUAAUGAAAACGACGACUGGGAAGCCUUAUGCCAGGAGAUUGACGGCAAGACCGUGCGAUUGCUUCUACAGAUUCUGACCGGCCUGGAGAACAAUCUUGCAAAGCGUCUCCGCAAGCGCCUCGAAGGCCCAGACGUCGACGACGACCCGAUGGACGAUGAUGAGGAUCCCGAGAGUAGCGACGACGAAGGCGACGACGAGCAAAUCCAGAACCAGAAGCAAAUCCGCGCUUUGCUUGCCGAAGAGCGCCUCUGCACCUUCGGCAGCCGCGUCGUGCACAGCGUCCAAGUCGGCUCUCUCGAUGCCGACAAUGAGAAGACUGUGCGCACGCGUCUAGAGCGCAACAAGGCCAAGCUGACGCCCAGUUGGAAGGAAGUCGUCGGUCAUCUCGACAUUAGCAAGCAAGUCAAGGGCAAGGGCGGGAAGAAAGCCCCGGCGGCAAAGGAGUUGGCGAAGGCUGCCAAGAGCAAGACUAUCGUUGUAGAAGAUGACAGUGAAGAUGAGGAAGUGCAGGACGAUCCGAUUGAGGAUGACGAGAUGCCUGAUGCGGAUGCAGAGGCGGGAGCGGAGGCAGAAGGACGGAUCAACGGCGAUGCGGAGAGCGCGAAUGGGGAUGUGGAGAGGGAGAGUGUGCUGGGUGAUUAGUGCAUUCCGCGUUGUAUGAGCAGAGGACGAAUCCGGCUUUUGUGGGUGUGCUUGCUUGUUUCUGCUCCUGUGGUGUUUCUUUCGUGCGCAUAAUUGUUCAAGAGGGCUGUGUGGUUGUGUCGGUAUACCUCUGUGUAUGGCGUUCUGCGGGGUCAUGAGGGCGUUCAGGACUGGGAAGGGAAUUGUUGUGAGGGCUUGUUUCAGAGAUAGUGUGUGUAUGGUUGUGGAUGUUUGAAGUGUAUGCGUGCUGUUCAUUCUGCACUGGUGUCGUGUGCCUCUAUAGCUGUUGGGGCGAUCAUCUGCGUUAUCUCAAGCUUCACUUGGGCAAAUGAAGAGGAAGUUGC